AUGGAUGUGGUAACCGAUCGAACGCCGUUUCGACAUUAUUUACCAGAAUACAGAUGCUGCUGUGGAUCCAUGCAUGUAAAGCAAGGAACGUUAGUGAUCGCUGUCCUCUAUUCGAUACUGAUUGCGUUCAUCUUCAUAUCCAAAUUACUUGGAAGCUCUGAACCAUUAUCGCAAGAGAUCAUUGAAAUAAUCGUUCUCAUCCUUGAACUGGUCGCUUUGGCGUUGGUCUUCAAAGCCCUUUGCUCAGAAAACGAAUUACUUUUGAUACCGUUCCUCUUGUUUCAGUUGAUUGGUUUGUUGGUGAGUGGAAUAGGCGUAAUUCUGAUGGUGAUCGCGUUGAUCGAUGCGGAUUCAUUCGCGGGCAGAAUGGUUCACGAUCAAGUGGUUAUGUCGAGCGAAAAUGCUGAAGACAAAUUGGCUGCGUUUGGAUCUGAGAAGAGUGAAUCACUGCUGGUUCAAGUCACGGCCGCGUUCGCACUGGGAACAUUAUUCGUCUCGAUAGCGAUCACAAUGUGGUGGAUGUGGGUUGUAAAGAGGUGUUUUAACUACUUCCGUGAUCUCAAUCGGGAACGAGCCAAACGCAAUAUCUCGAUGUCAUUCAAGGCUACAACGAUUGUCCCUUAA